GAAAAUGUAAUGUUAAUGCUGCUCAAGCUACAUUUUUAUUUUAUUCAAAAUUAACAAAAAUGUUUAGCGUUAAUGUGUUCUGCACCAAUCAUUUCAAAAAAUACUAUAGAUAAUGAACAUUCAUUUAGAAGCUAAAGCUGUAAAUUAUUCACAUUUACUGAAAGAAGCCACUUGCGUUUUAGGUAAUUGAAAUGCAAGAGUCCUAUUUAUAUACACAGAAAGCGUUUUUUUGAGCCAAGUUGUAUAUCACUCUCUCUUAGGUUUUGCUGCAGACCAUAUUUCCGGAUUUCUCCGGACGUCUCCAACGGCCUAUAUGCAGGCAUCCAUCCUCCCCAUUUUCCCUGCUGCUGUGGUACAGUCCCAUCUGUUCUCUAUGAUGCAGCUUCACCUAGAUGCUGCUAGAACAUCACUCUGUGGGUGAGGGAGGGGUAUCUGCACGAGUCCUAACUGCGUUGUUUUGGGAUUAUGUCACUAAAUCGUCAGAUAGUGUGUCCAGUCUGAGCAGGCAAGAACAGCACUAUCAAUCUGAGGUCCUUUCACACAGCUUUCAGUCCUUCAGACUCUGCAAGACCGACAUUAAUAAAGAAGGAGACACCUGAGCCCCAUUGACUGGUUGGCAUACAGAACAGGACGCAACAGACAGCCAUCAUGACAAAGGGCAAGCUGUCACUUGCAAACAAGGCCACCAAUGGCUCCAGUGUAGAAGCUUUGGUGUCACCAACUCCUCCCAGCUAUGAGGAAGCCACUGCAGGCACCAGUGCUCCUUGCUACAAUGAUGUUGAGACGCUCACAGAGUUCACCUGGGAUGAUCGCAACAUCAGGAGGGUCUUCAUCCGUAAGGUGUACGCCAUCUUGAUGAUCCAGCUUUUGGUGACUCUUGCGAUUGUGGCUAUUUUCACAUUCUGUGACCCAGUGAAAGACUACAUUCAAUCCAACCCUGGCUGGUACUGGGCCUCUUAUGCUGUGUUCUUUGUCACAUAUCUGACCCUAUCUUGCUGCUCUGCACCAAGGAGACAGUUUCCAUGGAAUCUGAUUCUGCUCGCCAUCUUUACCCUCUCACUCUCUUACAUGACAGGGAUGUUGUCCAGCUUCUAUAACACCAAGUCAGUGGUGAUGUGUCUGGGCAUCACAGCAGCAGUCUGUCUCCUGGUCACAGUCUUCAGCUUCCAAACUAAGUUUGAUGUGACAUCAUACCAAGGCGUGCUCUUUGUCUUCUGCAUGGUCAUGUUCAUGUCUGGAAUGGUGCUGGCAGUCGUCCUUCCCUUUCAAUAUGUACCCUGGUUGGAUGCCACCUACGCUGUCCUUGGAGCCAUACUGUUUACAAUGUUUUUGGCAUUUGACACCCAGCUCCUCAUGGGGAACAAGCGCUACACCAUGAGUCCAGAAGAGUACGUCUUUGCCUCUCUCAACAUCUAUCUAGAUAUCAUCUACAUCUUCUCCUUCUUCCUCCAAAUCUUCGGAACAAAACGAGAGUAAAGCAACGCUCCACCUUUCUUACCUGUAAGGGAUGGGAAUCUAGGCAGACAUGAUUUUGACGACAAUGCUUUCAAUUGUAACAGCUUUAUUUUUUUGCCUGAUACUGAUAAGGCCACAAAUACUUUGUGAAUCUCUCUUACAGCUAUACAUGUACAUAGAUGUAUGUCAGUGUUCACAUCCAAAAUGUCUACAACCUUCCCCUCCCCUCUAGCAUGUUGUAAACCCACACCACAUUAUGGUUAGCUUAACCAGCAAAAAACAAUCCGUGAUCUUACUCCGUUUACCGUAGAUAAAACAAACUGUGAGAGUUCAUCUGAAGUUGUGUGGGUGUCUGUAUGUCCAUACCUGCUUAGAUAUCACAAAUGUCCUGCAGAAAAUAGAUGUCAGUGCUCUUUGAGAGGUAUGUGAUCUAUAACACAUUAUGCAUGACUCUUAAAAAGCUCGAACUAUGCCUAGUCAUCACAUCAUUGGGUUAUUGUUGGUAGUGGUGAUUUAAGGACUGAAAGCACAAAUGUGAUGAUAAAAAUAUACUUUUCCUGUGUUUUCAAGCAUAUCCAAUGUUGUCUCAAUACUGUGAAUUACGAGAAACUCCAUGCUGUUUUGGGGGGAUAGGUGACAUGUCAUCUUUUUAAUGACAAUUUAGAAAUAUGAUUCAUUGAAUUUGGGAUAUUGUUGUUCCUCAUAUUUACUGUAUGCUGUAUUGUCUAUAUGUUGGUUUUACUCCAUUUAACUCUGAGGCAUUCAUUCAUUGCACUCCCAUUGUUGUGUUUACUAGUAGUAUGCCAUUUGCUUAUUAAUAUGUGUGUUUGAACCUGAAAUGUUUUGAAUGACGAUUGUGUAGAUAUAUAUUUUUUCUUCAUGAAAGACAUUUAGUUUGGGCAAAGAUUGAUUGUUCACACUAUAGUUUUCGGUCUUGAUAUUAUUUAAACUUCUUUAUUUGGUCUGAAGUGGUUUCAUAUGAUAAUCAAAUAUAAAGAUGAAAGUGCCAUACAAGCAUGAAUUUAAUGUAACUUUUGAUAAGGCCUGUUUUUGUGGAAGGGCUUGAAAGUUAUGUUUCAUGACAUUUGAAGUUUAUUUUUUUAUGACAGAAUGAUAUAUUUCAGAUAGUCUGUGAUAUAAAAUGGUGACUUUGAAGCUUGAUAUGAAUUCAUAAGUUGUCUAAAGUGGCCUUGGACUACCUUUAUGUAAUGAUAUUGAUUCAGUAUAUUGUUUUUUAGAGCACCCUGUAUUUGACCAACACAUUAGUGUUAUUGUAUUGAUUUAUUAAAGGGUGAAUGUGUCUGAAUGGUC